AUGUCUGUACCGGAGGUCUGUGUCCUAUGCUCUGCUGCUCCUGAGACACAUCACCAUCUUUUCUUUGAGUGUAGCUUUUCAUCCUCGGUUUGGAAUUAUUUUGCAAGUAAGGUAUGGGAUAAUCCACCGCAGGACAUUCAUUCUGUAGCUGCAUGGAUUAACCUGCAUCGAUCAUCUUCGCCGCAAGCUCGGUACAUCAUUAGACUCAUGUUCCAAUCCUCCAUUUACUUGAUAUGGAAAGAAAGGAACAAGAGGAUCUUUACUACGCAGGUAACAUCGGCCUUCGGAGUGCGGUCUGCUGUGGAUCGCCAGAUCAGGGACAGACUUCUCUCUAUCAAGCCGUCGCCAGCUUUCCAGCCACCUCUACUGCAGUUCUUCUUCGCCUGCACAAGACCGCCUUGA